GCUAUCCUGCUUUUCCCAACGUACGAGAGAGCAACUUGAUUCUGAUUCCACCAACCACCCACUCAUCUCUUGGUCCUCGAGUCCACCGAAUCUUCCCCCAUAGCUUAUGGGCGAUCGCAGUCGCCAGCUCGAUUCCCCUCAUGGGCCCAUUAUGCGAUCCAUGCAGCGCUCCCCCCCGCCGCCCGCCGCCAUUCACCCUUCGCCGCCACGGUCGGCCCCUGCUACGCGGUCACCGACCCCUUCUCCCUCCGAUAACCAUGUGGAACUUCAGCGCACCCGCCGAUUGCGAUCGCGGAGCCCGUCCCGCACUACCAGAGACUCGAUGAACGGCCCCGGACGCCGCAUCGAUGACGCCGCCCGCCGCCCCCCCCUCCCCCACAUACCGAGUUCGACCUCGACGCGAAGCAAACCGAUCAUCGACCAGCCCAGCACCCUAUCGACGGCGGCGGCGCCGAACGAUUCCUCCGAUAGCCUCGAGAACACCGGAUUUACUCCAUCCCUGCCGAGUGACAAGCAUGGCAACAUGAAGUUCUUGCGGCCCCUGCUGACUGAUGUGUCACUGUACACAAACCCUAACCUCGGCCCGGAGAACGAGGGGACAAGCCUGGAGGAACUGGCGCACCUUGUACGACUGUCCAAGUACCAGGAGCGCAAGCGCGCAAACACAAGGAUCCGCCUCCAACGGAGUUUGGUGUCCACGGCCCUCUCCGCCCGGUUGAUGAGAUGUGGUGAGAUGGCCCAUCGAAACCUGGUGGACGGCUUCCGCGGCGAUGACAAGAAGACAUUUGGUGCCCUGUAUAACGCCGUCAUCGAUGUCCGAAGAAGCUGCGAUGAGACCCGCCGGUAUGCGCUACUGGAGCCAGAGAUGGACCUCUUGCAGGCGCCCGGCCUCACGUCGUCCGAUAGCGUGGAUACCCCAACCGGAUCUGUCACCGGCUCAAGCGCGUCCCCGAACGCUGUGACGCCGUUUCUUAACGAGAUUUCUGCCUCAUCCCGAGAGACUUUUUUGAACUUUCUGAAUCAGAUCAGGACUAACCCAGACUAUUUGGCCACGCGCAUCGCGUCCCUCAAGAACUCGGAGCUUGCCGCUCUCACCAGCUUCCAUCAGGCCCUUGAACCCAUCGAAUCCGUUCUCCCUUACCACGGCCGGUCGUCGGGCCGGUCCGUCUCGGGCAGUUCCGCCGUUCCCGGAUCCAGCGGAGCCGGAGGAGCCGGCAAGGAACGCAGCGCUAUUGAGCGGCUGCUAUCUUUCCAACGCCAUGACCCCAUCUCGGCCCUCAUCUACACUUGCUUUGCCAAUUCCGCAGGCCCAGACAGCGCCGAAGACAAACGCCGGACCGUUACUUGGGCCACCACCUGCGCACGCCUGAUUUCCACUCAGACAACCGGCAGCGAGCAGACUGUCACCUCGGUGAUGAACGUUUGGGUCUCGAUGCGCGACUGGGCAGGGAAGUCUAACAUGGAAUGGUAUCUAAUGAAGAUCCUAGAGGAUGGAGCCUUCUUACUUGAUCGUGCCGAGGAUCAGCAUGGUACCCGCAUUAACCUUUCGGAUUGGUCGUCCAAGGACCAGAUCGCGGCCGAGGAGUUCUACACCAAGGCCGUCGAUGAGCUAUUUGAGGUCAUCGAUGACGAGGAUGCCACAGGAAUUCCGGAAGGCUUACUGGAACUAGGCAAUGAACUCCUGAAACGUUUGGAUAGGAGAUACUCCGAGAGCACCCGCAGGUGGCUAAUCGCGAAGUAUAUGUUCACAGUCUGGUUGCUUGGCGUUGUCAUCCACCCGGAAGCCUACGGCAUGAUGGCCGAUUAUCACAUCACCGAAUACGGCCGCCAAAAGAUCCUCAAGACGGUGGCCAUGCACGCUCAGAAGUACGUCGUCGACAUGUUGCACAGCAUGACCCCUGUGUCCACGCCACCCAAGAUCAAAGGCCACAUUGAGAGUAUAUACAGCCGCUUCAAGGACCCGUCCAAGUUUCGGAAGAAGCCCAGGCUCUUACCGGCGCGGUCCAUUACAUCUCUCCGGGAAACGGCCGAGGUCCGCCCGUACUUGGUCCUCAGCCCAGCGGACCUUGCCACGGUGGUUAACGCCCUUUUCCCCGAACGGAGGCCACGGUCGGCACGCUCAAGCAGCCUCCGGUCUGGGGCACCAUCAAUUUCCGGAUUCUCUACCAUCUCGCAACCCAUGUCUAUCAGGACCGCACCAAGCACUUUUGAUACCAUGUCCGUUCUCAGUACCAGCGCAGAGUCGUCUUUCAGUGACGCCACAACCUCUCGAGAGCCCCUCGCGGAGGAAGAGAGCCCACGCCGCCAUUCUCCGUCUGCGCAGGAGCCCGUUGCUCAGAAGCCAGAGAAUUACGAAGAUGACGGGUACCGCCUGCGGCUGGCCAUGCACGAAAUGACACAAAUCCUGGGCCAAGACGUUGUGUACGGACUAUGCCACCCCUGCGCCGAGCGUUGGUCUGUGUUGUUCAUAUCGGCCGAUGGAAAUAAGCUGUCCACCCAUAUGACCUUUGAUCCAGACGACGAGAUCGAAGAUGAGCAGAACUCCUCCAGUACGAGUGAUACCGAGGGCGAGGAGACUGAUGACGGGCGCCCUGAACUCAACAAGGACUACCACCAGCUGCGCGACUCCAUCCUAAAACUAGUCCAGGACUACGAAAUCCCCCAGGGCCUGGAAAGCGAUGGAGCCAAACAGCAGACCUUUAGCAACCGGGCCUCGACUCUCAAAAAGUACCGAAACAAAAAUCGCAUCAUCACAACUAUGGGGAGCCGGAAUCCCUACCGCCAGAGGGCCGCGAGCAUCGCGAGCAGUCUCGCCGAGAGCCCCCCAAAGAGCGCCAAGGGGAAGGAGGCCGACCAGGCUGCCGAGAACUCAUCCCCGCUCGUCACCAUGUUGACCGCCGCCUGCUCGCAGUCUCGGGCGCAAUCUGACUUUGUCAACGCACACCUUUACUGGAGGACUUUGCAGCAACUCAAUGCCCUGUCAUCCGACUCGCUGCGGCGCGAGGGAUUCUCGGCGCUUCUCAACAUCUUCUCCCGUGGCCCGCGAGACUCGAUCCGCCGCUCCGCCGCUGCUAUUGAAGAAUACGACGCCUGGCUAGUCUGGCUCAAGCAAAGCCAAGAGCGAGCAGAGGGGAUGAUCGAGGGCAUGAUGCAGCGCCUACGGUCUCUCCGCGACAAGAUGUGGUACGUAACAGACGUGCGAAACUCGGCGCCAUACGAGGACUCGCGGAACGUCGCGGCAGCAUUGAAGACGAUGGGUGCGUCUCGCCGGUGGUCUUCCUUCCAACGCAUCAAAACCCACAUGCAAAGGGGCCCCGCAUCGAAUUACAUCUUCAGGACCGAGUCCCAAAUUCUUGACCUCCUCGCGGCACCAGAGGACCAAGGAGGCCCAAACAAACUCCGCGACGAACAAGCCGAGAAAACCAGCCGCUGGCUGCAGCAGUCCGGUGUCGAGAACUUCUGUCAGGGCGAAGAGCGUAUUCACCGGUUCUGCUGUGAGGUGGAGAACUGCGUAAGCAAACUCGUCGGCGACAGUAUCAUCGAUGGGCCGGUGCUGUGGUCGAGUGAACUUUUCGCCAGAGAUCGACGGGCUUUCGAGACCACCGGCAAAGCUCCGCGAGACCGAGACCGCGACAAUCAAUCCGUAUGGGAUGACUCAAUCAGUGUCAUCAGCGACCCUGACCGCAGGUUCGUAUCUGUCAGCCGCCCUGCUUCGAUCAAUAGUAGGGACAUGCGGGCCAUGUCCGGUAGCAUGAGCCAAAUGUCCUUCGAGUCGAGCCGUUUCGGCUUCUCUCGCGCGAGCACAGCCAUGUCCGAAGUUCUAGACGGGCCCGAAUACUUUGGUGCAUCGUCUCCAGUCCACCAAAUCGACCCCAACGCAACCUUCUGGUCACCUUUCCAACACCGGGCCACCUCACCAAGUGCCGCGUCCCGAGCGCAUUCGCCGACCACCAGCCUGACGAACCUCUCAGGCUCGUUUCAUCCGCCGCAUCACCAACAAAUCCCCUCGCAGCCUCAGUCAGCAACUGGCCGCCCAGGUACAUCGGCUUCGUCUAAUGAAACGGUGUACCAGCAACGACAGUCCGACGAGAAGUCCCGCUUCCUCGCCGACUUGAGGCAAACUCUGACCAGCCUCCUCCUCUCUGACCUAGGUAACCUUGUUUUUGCCCGCGGAUCAGAAACGGACGCGUGGUUCGAGGGCCUGGGUCAAGAGUGCAUCGACCGUCGAGAGGCAAUCCACCGGCGUGCGCGUAAAGCGCAGGCCAAGGAUAAACGCAAGUCUGCCAAGGCCAGCGUGAAGCAAAGAUUUCUCGAGCAGAACCGAAGUUUCGGUGAUCUGCGCGGAACCAGCGGUAACGAUACGCUCAGUGACAAGGCUCUUUCCGAUACGCAGAGCCUCGGCCCUGAAGGGGCUGGUGGCAGUCAGCGGGGGAGCCAACGUGGUAGUCAACGUGGCAGCGUACACGGAGGAAGCAUCCAUGGCAAUGAAAGCUCGGCGACAAGCGAUACCAUCUCGGCCCGGAGACAUAACCAAGAGGCGAGGAAAGAAACGAUGCCCGACUUCCCUUUCACCAAGGCAUACCAGCGGCUUCUAAAAAUGUUCUGCGUUCAUCCCAACCCCCAGGUCAAACUAAACGCACUCUGCGAACUGGAACAUUUGAUCACCGCAUCUCUCAACUCCGGCUCCCGGCGAGCCCGACUGGCGUGGGCACGCUCCGACCUAGGGUCGGCGUCCUCCGCCACCGAGGAGCACGGAAACGGCGCCCUGGGAAACAGAUCCCAACCCUUGGAGGAGACGAUCGGCAAUGUCAAAGAACGCCGCUCAUACACUAUGAUGCAAGCACCCAGCUUCGGCACGGGCGGUCACACACAAGGAGGUCGCGUAUCAGGCGGGGGAGGCAACGCAGAAACCCGCUCCAUCGCUUCGGUCUACCCAGCCAACACCGAUGCGGUGGCCAACAUCCUCCAGACACUAUUCCGCGACCCGUCUCUCCGCCCAAAGACCCUCUUCCGUGACCUACAAUUCAUCUCAGCUUUCUGUUCCCCUGCUGUCCUCGACAAGACCGAGCGGGGCAAGUCAUUCUGGGACGCCGGCAUCGCCGCCCUCAGCCUCAAACAAGAGGUCUGCCGCACCAUGGUCGAGGUCGCAGACGAGAUCGUCCGAAACUACACGCAGUCCCGCAACGGCGGCGCCGCGGCCGCCAACAACCGGGCGGGCAGCACGGCAUCCGACUCGGCGGCGGCGACGCCAACCAGCGAGUUCCCCCCGCCGUCCCCGCCGCCGUCCCCGCCCUCCCCCUUGCCGCUGUCCACGCACUCCCUCGCCGACGCGGCGCGCAUGUGGACCAUCACCGCCAAGGAGGGCGACCCGACCGCCCAGCGCGAGCUCGCCAUCUUCUACCUGUCCAACCCGGAGCUCGUCCAGCGCACCACCCUGCCCCUGUCCAAGCCCAGGGAGGUGUUCAAGCAGGCCGUCAUGGAGAAGUACGCCGGCGGCGGGUCGUCGUCGCGCUACGGCCACGCCGGUGCUGGUGGUGCUGGGGGCGCGGGUGGCAGUGGUGGGGGCUCCGGCGGCGCCGGGGCUGGGAAGGAGGACGGUGCGGCCGGCGGCGGCAGGCUCGGGGAUGUGCGCAGCGAUCCGGCGCUGAUGUGCGUCGCUAUCCAUUGGAUGGAGGCGGCGGAGAAAGGGGGGGAUGAGUUGGCUAGGUCGUUCAUGGCGCAGAACGAGAUUGGGGCGGGGCUGAUGGGGUGAUGCGAGUGAGUAUGUGGUGAGGUGGUUGGGGUUGGGGGGAUUGGAUGUUACUGGUGGUGGUGGUGGGGAUGGUUGUGGUUGGAAGGAUGGGCUUUUGCAUAUGCUUGUUGGAUCUUUUU